AUGAAGAGACUUGUCAUCCUCUCUGCCCUUGUCUUGCUGGCCUUUAAGGCCCUGGCUGAUCCUCUGCCAGAAGCAACUGAGGAGGCUAAAAGUGAGGAGCAGCCAGGAGUAGAGGACCAGGAUGUGUCUAUCUCAUUUGGAAGCCCAGAAGGCUCUGUUCUUCAAAGUCAAGCCUCAGCAGACCUGAGAUGCAACUGUAGAAUAAAACGUUGCAAGCGUUCUCAAAAGGUCUCUGGGGUUUGCUACAUAGGUCCAUUUCAAGCAACACUCUGCUGCUACUGA